GCGCGGGGCGGGGCGGGGCGGGGCGUGCGCGCUCGGCCGACCCUCCGCGGGGCCGGGCGCCUCUCCUCGCGGGCCGAGCCCGGGUGGCCGGCGCGGCUGGCCAUGGCCCAGCAGCGAGCGCUGCCGCAGAGCAAGGAGACGCUGCUGCAGUCGUACACCAAGCGCCUCCGGGACGACGCCAAGUCCAUCAUGGACAACUUCACCGAGAUCAUCAAGACCGCCAAGAUCGAGGAUGAGACGCAGGUGUCCAGGGCUACCCAGGGGGAGCAGGACCACUACGAGAUGCACGUGCGGGCCGCCAACAUCGUCCGAGCCGGAGAGUCCCUGAUGAAGCUCGUGUCCGACCUCAAGCAGUUCCUCAUCCUCAACGACUUCCCCUCCGUGAACGAGUCGGUGGAGCAGCGGAACCAGCAGCUGCGGGCGCUGCAGGAGGACUGUGACCGGAAGCUCGUCAGCCUGCGCGACGAGGUGUCCGUGGACCUGUACGAGCUGGAGGAGGAGUUUUACUCGUCCAGGUACAGAUAGUGCCGGCCCGGCCCCGCGCGGCGCUUCAUGGACCCUCGUUCACCGCCUGCUCGUCAGAACCUCGGGCGGGAGUCCGGGCCGGGGGCACGCUCUGCUCCUCGGCUGCCUACGAUGACACGUGCUGGGGAUCAGGUCCUCCUGGGCCGACGUGGGAGCAGGAGCAGGGCAGGAGGCAGGCAUGGAAGGGGGAGCCGGGCCCCACAUUCCUGCCUUCCAGCCUGGUGCUCAGAGCCCGCCACAGGACGCCGUUGUGGGGGUCUCUGAGGCUGCUGGGGUGCGGGUCCCCUAACAGGGCAGACCCCACGUGGGCACUGGGGUCUGUGACCCAGGGCUGGGUUUCUCUGCCCUGGAUUGGGUCCCUGUGGGGGGGGCGUCUCCCCUCUGUCUCCUGACAUCAGGUGUGGGGAGCCUUGAGCCUUGAUCCCUCCAGCCCAGGCUCCCUGAGGCCCCCAGGGGUUUGCGGGAUGGGCCUUCCCCCUCCCUCUGCCAAGGCUCCUGGGACUGCAGCGUGGUGAGGGGUCCCCGUGCUCCCCUGCCUGCUCUCUGCGCCUCUGCUCCUUGCUCUCUGGGGAUGCUCUUCGGGGCUGUGGCCAAGGCGUGGGGGAGGCCAGUCAGAUGGUGGGGACGGGUCACUGCUUGAGUCGGCCCCACAUCUUCCAGCAGCCUGUGAGGCCAGUGUUAGUGACUGGGAAACUGAGGCCAGGAGCCAGACGGGGCUGGACGCAGUUCUGGCCACUGCAGGAAGGACAGCGGGGCGGGCCGUCCAGGGUCACACAGCGUCUCUUCAGGCUCCGGGGGGCUCCCCGUGCCUCUCGUAACUCGCUGCCAUCUGCUCUCCCCCGCUUCCGUCUCUGCCUGCUCCUGUCCCCGGGUUUCUGGUGGUGGAAAAGCUCGAGUGUUGGCGAAGCUAAUGACCUGCCUCUGUGCCAAGCGUACUGGAGGCUGGACCACGACGCGGGCUCCCAGCUGGGGUCCCCAGAACCCCUGCCCACCCCCACGCCUGCGGCCCCAACCCCACGGAGCAUGCCUGAGC